UUUCCGAUGUUUGAUCGUCAUUCGCAAAACCCCAAUCAGAUUGGGGGUAACAACAGCUCUGAUCCUCCUGCCGGCGAAGACCAUGUCCCUGGCUCCGUAACGUCCGGUCACAUUCCUUUCGACGAUAUGGACGAAAUCCCCCACCCUGACUCCAUCUACGCUGCCUCCGGUUUGAUUCCCGAUGGCUCUCAAUUGGUGGGUCACCGACCCGAGGGCUCCGAAUUACUUGGUUCCCGGAUCCCGGAGAGAGCGAACCAGCUAACCAUCUCGUUUCGUGGUCAAGUUUACGUCUUCGAUGCUGUUGGUCCUGACAAGGUCGAUUCGGUGUUGUCGCUAUUGGGUGGUACUACCGAGCUCUCUACUGGGCCGCAGGUGAUGGAGCUAGCUCAGCCGAAUCAUAUGCCUGUUGUGGAAUACCAGAACCGGUAUAGCCAUCCGCAACGGGCACAGUCCUUGGAUAGGUUUCGGAAGAAGAGGAAUGCUAGAUGUUUCGAGAAGAAAGUAAGAUAUGGCGUUCGCCAGGAAGUGGCAUUAAGAAUGGCACGUAAUAAAGGUCAAUUCACCUCUGCUAAGAUGACCGAUGGGGCUUACAACUCGGGCACAGAUCAAGAUUCUGCACAAGAUGAUACCCAUCCAGAAAUAUCGUGUACUCAUUGCGGCAUUAGUUCCAAAUGUACACCGAUGAUGCGACGUGGCCCUGCAGGCCCCAGGACUCUCUGCAAUGCCUGUGGACUCUUUUAUACUACCAGGGGUACAUUGAGGGAUCUCUCCAAGAAAACAGAAGAGAAUCAGAUGCUGGCUAUAAUAAAACCUGGAGAGGGUGGGAGUGAUGCCGAAGCUAACAACACCAACUCUGAACCUGCAACAGUCGAAGAACACGCUGCUCUUGCUAAUGGGGAUAAAUCUAAUCUGUGUUAG